UCGUCUCCGUGGUAACCCUAAAAUUGAUACCUACUUUCUAAUUUUUGCUGUUAGAAUAAUCCUUUCCGGCUCGGCGGCGGCCUUGUCUUCGUCAAUUCUCCACUCUACGCCUUGGACUCCAAGGAAUCUGUGUGCGUUAUAAGCUUCUACCAGUUGGAGCUCUGAUUCUUCAUCUGAAAAUGGCGGAUUCUAUCGACGGAGCUGCAAAGGCUGUCUCUGAUUUAGCGUUGGGUUCCGCUACUGUGGCUCCAGACAUGGCCAACUCUGCUCCAGGUGCUGAAGAAACUAUAAGCAAGAAUGCACGCAAGAAGGAAUUAAAGCUGAAGCAGAAGGAAGAGGAAAGGAGGCGUAAGGAGGAACUGAAGGAGAAAGCAAAACAGGAAGCACCUCAGAAUAAGAAAUCUAUAGCAGUAGAUGAUGAAGAAAUGGAUCCCACGCAAUAUUUUGAAAAUAGGCUGAAAUAUCUUGCAUCUCAGAAGGCAGAUGGUAAAAAUCCAUAUCCUCACAAGUUUCAGGUUUCAAUGUCUCUCCCUGAGUAUAUUGAGAAAUAUGGAAGCUUAAGCAAUGGCGAUCAUCUUGAGGAAGUCUUGGUAUCUCUUGCCGGGAGGAUAAUGAGCAAAAGAUCAUCCUCCUCGAAGUUGUUGUUUUAUGAUCUCCAUGGUUCUGGAGUUAAGAUCCAAGUUAUGACGGAUGCACGUAACUCAGAGCUAGAUGAAGCUGAAUUUGCAAGGUUUCAUGCCAGUGUGAAGCGUGGGGAUAUUGUUGGUGUCACUGGGUUUCCAGGAAAAACGAAGAGGGGAGAGCUCAGUAUCUUUCCAAAAUCAUUCAUUGUCCUUUCUCACUGUCUGCACAUGAUGCCAAGGCAGAAGUCGGCUCCUGGUUCUGAGAAUGUAAAUUUGAAGAAAAAUGAGGCAUGGGCCCCAGGUUGUACCAGGAAUCCUGAAACCUAUAUUUUAAAAGAUCAGGAAACUCGUUAUCGUCAACGAUAUCUGGAUUUGAUGUUAAAUUUGGAAGUGAGGCAAAUAUUCAAAACCAGAGCUAAAGUAAUCCAAUAUAUUAGGCAGUUUCUUGAUGAUCUUGACUUCUUGGAGGUUGAAACACCAAUGAUGAAUAUGAUUGCUGGAGGAGCAGCAGCCCGUCCAUUUGUUACCUUCCACAAUGAUCUUAACAUGAAAUUGUUUAUGCGCAUUGCACCUGAACUCUAUCUCAAGGAGUUGGUUGUUGGUGGAUUAGACCGUGUUUAUGAGAUAGGGAAGCAAUUUAGAAAUGAGGGUAUUGAUUUGACCCAUAAUCCCGAGUUUACCACCUGCGAGUUCUACAUGGCAUUUGCUGACUACAAUGAUUUGAUGGAACUUACUGAGAAGAUGCUAAGUGGGAUGGUGAAGGAGCUUACAGGGGGCUAUAAAGUAAAAUAUCACUCAAAUGGGCUUGAUAAUGAUCCAAUUGAGAUUGACUUCACUCCCCCGUUCAGGAGGAUUGACAUGAUAGAGGAACUAGAAAAGAUGGCUAAUCUGAAUAUACCCAAGGACUUAUCUAGCGAUGAAGCUAAUAAAUAUCUUAGAGAGGCAUGCCAGAAAUUUGAAAUCAAAUGUCCUCCACCCGAAACAACUGCUCGCUUGCUGGAUAAACUUGUGGGGCACUUCCUAGAAGAAACGUGCGUGAAUCCUGCUUUCAUCAUCAACCAUCCAGAGAUUAUGAGUCCUUUGGCGAAGUGGCAUAGGGCGAGACCUAGUCUAACUGAACGUUUCGAAUUGUUUGUCAACAAACAUGAAGUAUGUAAUGCGUACACAGAAUUGAAUGAUCCUGUUGUACAACGUCAGCGGUUUGCUGAACAACUCAAGGACCGGCAGUCAGGUGAUGAUGAAGCAAUGGCUUUGGAUGAAACGUUUUGUACAGCUCUUGAGUAUGGAUUGCCUCCUACUGGUGGAUGGGGAAUGGGCAUUGAUAGGCUAGCUAUGUUGUUGACGGAUUCACAGAACAUCAAGGAAGUUCUUCUCUUCCCAGCCAUGAAGCCUCAAGAUGAACCACCAGCUCCCAGAGCCUCAACUGGAGUAUAAGUAUUACAAUAUGAGGAAAUCCAAGAGUCGCAGCAGCUAUCAGCCCCAUAGCUCAUACUUCGCUUAUCAUUUUCGUCGAUCUACAAAGAUAAAGACUAAUUUUGUAGUCUCUCUAUCUGUCUUGUUUUUUACUACUGUUGUUUUUAUAGUCUCCCAAUGUAUUUGUUAGAAACUUGUGAAUAUGGAUUUUCAGAGUUAUAUAUUAAAUGUUGGAUUGAAAAUGUAAACAAUGAAUUUAGAAGUCAAGAUAUAACAAAAUUACAAAAUAGGCAAAAA